AUGGCCGCCGCCCUCUCCCUCCCCCGCGCCGGGGCCCCGUUCAUCCUCCUACGCGCCUCCCGUUUCACGCCGUGGGCGGCCCCGGUGCCCCGCCGUAGACUCCUCUCCGGGCCUCCCACCGCCGGCGAGCCCGCUCCCCCGGCGCUCCCGCCGACUUCGAAGCUCGCCAACCCGCCGGUCGUGGGGACGCCGGAGCCCCCGCUGCCGUUUAGGGCCGCGGAGGCGGAGAUCCUCCGCGACAUCGACCCCGUCGUCCAGCUCACCAAGGAUAUCCUCCACUCCGAUAGGUGA